AGCCAUGAUGCCUCCACCCCCAGUGCCGCCAGCACCAGCGCCCGCGCCAGCGCCCGCGCCUGCGCCGCCAAAUGUCCCGAAGCUGCAGCGGGCGGUGUCGGCCGUGCGGCCAGAGGCACAGGAGGAGAUGCUCAAGGCACUGCUCCAGGAGGGCGAGGCUUUGCAGCAGAAGAUCCACGAGAUCACCGCUGCCAGGACCCACGGGCGCUCAGAUGUAGAGGACAGGGUGAGGGACGAGCAGCAGCAGGCCAAAGAAGCUCUUAUCGCCAAGCUGCAGCAAGAGCUCAGUGAGGAGCACGAGAAACAGGAGCAGAGCAAUGCGACCAAGGAGCAGAUCCACGGCUACGAGGCGCAGCGGGCGCAGCUGAAGCUCGAGCUCCAGCGCCUGGCCGCUAGCGGCGCGGCCGCCCUUAGCGGCUCCGGCGCGGUCCGGGAGGAGGUGCUGAGGGCGGAGGAGAGGUGCCGGCAGCUGCAGACCCAGCUGCAACGCCUCGAGGCCAACGCCUUCCUCUCCAAGGUGGAUGAUCGGCGCGAGGCCAACAUGAGGAUUGCAGCGCUGGAGGAGCAGGUGAGGUUGCGGGUGGCAGAGCACCAGGGGCAGGUGGACGAGCACUUGAACGCCCAGCAGGCGAGAUUGGUGAAGGUCCAGGAGAAGCAGCGGCUGCAGAGCCGGUGCCUGGACUUGAAGCAACGGAACGAGCAGCUGCAGAUUGAGAUCGAGGCCCAGCAGUCGGAGAUGCAGAAGGUGGACCGGGAGAUGCGGCUCAUGCGGGAGCGCCUGCCCCCGGAGAACCAGGAGGCCUUGGAAGUGGCGCUGAGCCACGUGGCCGCGGAUCAGUUCCCGGCCUUCGCGCGGGUGGCGGUGCCGGGCGGCGGCUCCGCGGGUGCUGUGCCCAGCGGGGACGACCUGAGCAGCGGAGACGCCAUGGGCCGCGUGUUGGAGCGGCUGGGCGCGGAGAGGGACGAGCUGGCGCGACAGAUCCAGGUUCUGCGCAGCGAGCUGCAGAGGGAGACGGAGGCCUCCAAGAACUUCAAGCUGUGGCAGGCCAGGGACCUCCAGGAGGCGCGCGACAAGGCCCAGAGCUUCUUGAAGGAUCGGGAGAAGUGGGCGAGGAUCGCAGCGGCGCAUCUGCAGUCCAUCCAAGACCUGCAGCGCCGCAUCGCUGGCUUCGAUGGCACUCUGGGCCAGGAUGACGUCAUGAGCCUGGCGGGAUUUUCGGAUGUUUCCGACCUGGAGGAUUGCGCAAAUGCCUUGGAUGUGUUCAUCGGGGUGGGCGAGGUGGACCUUUCAGCUGCUCAGCGUCUGCAUGAGGAUUUGAACCGCGGGGAGCCACCGAGUGCGCCGCCGGAGCCGCCGACCGGCAGCGCGCCCGGCGCACCCAGUCCACCCGCACCCCCCGCACCGGUGCCACCUGUGCCACCGGCGCCAUCUGUGCCACCUGCACCCGGUGCUCCGCAAAUCGCACCCCUGCCAGAGGAGUUGCGCACAUUGGUUUGCAUUGAAUUCGUGGGGUUCGACAUGGGCUUCUCGGCAGUUGCUUCAGGGCUUCAACCUAUCUACGACUCUUUGGUUACCUUUGGACCCUUCAACGUCAACGAUGACAUCUUGGAGCAGCUGGCGGAGGGCAUGUUGCGCGUCGAGGUGCACGGGUCACUGCCAGGCAGUGAAGGGCAGCGCAUUCUCGGCCGGGGCCAGCUGCCCAUGUCUGGCCUGCUGCAGUACGGGACCCAAGACACUCGGAAUCCUGUGGCCGGCGGGGUCGUGGCCAUCAAGGAUCCCAAGGAUCAGGACAUUCUCAUCGCCAAGCUGCGGCUGAAGUUGCGCCUGCGCUACUCCAUCGAAGAGUUGGCCGAGGAUUUUAAGAUGCGAGCCAAGGUGAGGCAGAUGGACAGGGGCAGAAAAUGCGAUCGGCCAUGCUACCCAUCACUCACUUGCCACUCACUUCACUCAUGA